AUGAAGAAACUUAUUUUUAAUAUAUCUUACUUAAUAUGCGCUUUAAUUAUAAAUCUAAAUGAUGUCUUGUCUUCAUCUGUAAUUUAUAGCUUUAAUUGUGGUGAUCCUAACUGCAUGGCUUGCACAUAUGAUUAAACUAGUUUGAUUUGCAUUUAAUGUGAAGUAGGUUAUCAAUUGAUAAGUAAUAAAUGCUAAUUAAGCACAUGCACUCAACCUGGAUAAUAUUUAGCUAAUUAGUUUCAAAAUGUAUGUAGUUAUUGCCAUGCUUCCUGUAAAUAUUGUAUUUCUGGAUCAUACAACUACUGCACAGAAUGUAAUUAAGGGUAUUUUGCAAUACCUUCUCCUAUUAGUCCAUAUCUUUAGACUUGCCUUCGUUGUUAAGAUCCUAAUUGCAAAAGCUGCGACUAGCAAGGAAAUUGUCAACAAUGCAUGAAUGGUUAUAUAAAUAACAAUAAUGUUUGCUCUAAAUGUACUAUACAAUUUGCUGCUUCAUGUUCAAGUAGUACAUAAGUAGGAAGCUGCAUAAAGGGAUUUACAAAAUCAGAUGACGGUAAAUCGUGUGUACCUGUAGAUACGUUGUGCUAAUUUGGUUAAUAUGCUAAUAAUAUGAUUUGUACACGCUGCCCUGCUAAUUGUAUAUAAUGCAACGCAAAUGGGUAGUGCUAUAUAUGUGAAGCAAACAAUUAUAUUGAUAGCAGUGGUUUAUGCUAACCGUGCCCAAAUUUUUGCAACUCUUGCAACUUAGACUCCUCUAAUAACUUGCAAUGUACAAGCUGUGUUUCAGGAUAUUUUCUGUAACUUAAUGUUUUGAAUUAUAUAUGUACCUUAAUUUAAGAAACAAAUUACGUAUAUUGUCCAACUGGUUAAUAUACUAACAAAUUAACAAAUACAUGCGUAGCAUGCGAAAGCAAUUGUUUGGAAUGCAACUAAUUUGGAGAUAAAUGCUUGCAAUGUUUCGACUCAAUUAACUAUUAAAUAGUAAAUGGUAAGUGCCAGCUAAGGUGCUCCUCAUAAAAUUAAUAUUAAAGCUAUGAUUCUGCAAAAGAUGAUGAUAAUAGUAGAGUAAAAAAGUUAUUUUUUUAUAAUUCAUCAGUAGUGACAAAUUAAGUUAUUACAACAAAUUGUGUCAAUAAUUGUUCAAUUUAAAAUUGUUAAAAAUGCAUAUUUGAUUAGUAGUUUUGCUAACAGUGUUCCUAAAAUUAUUUUUUGGUAGACGAUGGAACUUGUGUCAAGGAUUGUCCUUUAGGAACAUUUUAACAAAAAAUAGGAUAAAUCAACAAAUGCUUACCUUGUGCGAGAGGAUGUUUAAAAUGUAAUUCAUCAAAUUAAUGCAGUUAGUGCUCUUAAGAAUUCAUUCUCAUUAAUAACAGUUGUUAAAAUGAAGAUAUUUCAAAUAGUCCUGUCAACAAUUAUGUGAGUUUUGAUGGGUUAUGGAUGAAAAACUGUCCUCAAAAUACUUUUAGAAUAGGAAAUACAUGCUUGCCUUCUAAAACUUGUAAACGUGCAUAAUUUCUAAUUAAGGGAAAAACUACUAUAUGUGGUUAAUGCCAAACAUCAAAUAAAAUUUAGAUAGAAACUUAAAAUGGAAAUGGCUCUUAGAUCUCUCUUCCAGAUUUAUAGUAAGAUUGGAUGGGUAAGUGCUAUGAAAAUUGUCCUGCUCCUCUAAAAAAGUAAUAGUAAAAUGUACUUUGUUAAAAAUAAUGUGAUUAAAAAUUACCAUUUCUUGAUUGGACAAAAGAACCUAAUUGCUAAAUGAACUGUCUUUAGAAUAUGGCAUAAAAAAUUUUAUCUGAUUGCAAUACCUUAUAGUCAUGUAGCCCAAGUUAAUACCUAAAUAUUUAAAAGAUUGUAAAUGAAGGAAUUAGUUUAAAUUUAGAUAAUGUGCCAAACAAUUAUUGUUAGUUUUGCCCAACAGGUUGCAAUUAAUGCUUUUAUAAUGGAAAAGAUAAUCCAACUUGCCUUUCUUGCUAACCUGGUUUUGAAAUGUAUAUAACAUUCAGUUAUUAGGACCCUUUGUCAUACACUUUACCUGAUUCUUCCGAUAAUCCUCCAAAUUAAAAUAAAGGUCCUAAAUUUAAAUAUGCAAAUGCAUAAUGUAUGUAGAUAUAACCUGGUAAUAGCAAAUGCUCUUAGAUAAAAGGAUAUUUUGCUGAUUUAGGAGGUGUUUUUAAGAACAAUGCAUGUAUAAUGUGUCAACUAGUAAACAACAAUAACGGAUGCACUUCUUGUCCAAGCAGUUCUGUAAUGCUCUACACAGGUCCAUAGGAGUAUAAAUGCAUUCCUUACUGCAAUAGUAAUUAACUCAAAAGUUAGGAUGGCGUUUACUGCUUUGAAAAACCUGAAAUAAAAAUAUAAGUUGAUUUUAACAGUAAAAUAGUCGAAUAAAGUUAAUCCUUUAAUGUACCAAAUGGAAGUAGUUCUUUUACUGUUACUGCAUCUCUUAACGCUGCUUAUAAACUAUAACUAGCAUCUAUAACAUGUUCGAUUAACUUAUAACCUCUAAAUGGAAUCACUUUUUAAAUUACUCCUUCUCUUCCUAAUAUUAGCAUUGGCAAUAAUGUGCUACACACUUUUACCUUAUUAGAUCCAAAAGGAAAUUUAGUAGUACUAAAUAAAUUCGCAUAAUAUCAGCUGAAUUGUAAAUUCAGUUUUUCAAUAACCGAUAUAGUGGCACAAAUAUUUUCUCUUGAUUCAAAUUUUGGUAUUAAUUCUUUAUAAUUACCUACAGGAAAUGUAUAAGUUACUCAAUCAAAUGAUAAAACAUCUACCAGUUAUAAUAUUAGUGUUGAUCAGUGGUCAUUUGCACCAUUAAAAGUAUUUAGCAAAUACAAUCUAUUUGAAUACUCAAUUAACAUUUUAGCUAAAAACACUUAAAAUUUAAAUAUUCCUGAUUACAUCUAUAACAUAGAUAACAUUAAUCUACAAACUUAUCCUGAAAAAUAUAAAAUAACAUCAUCUGGAUUUUAGAAGUUUAAUUAUCAAUUCAAUGUCAAUAUAGAAAAUUAAAAUUACAAUUAGUUUAACCUCUAAUUAGUAGUAACUCCAGUUAAUCCUUAGCUCAACUAACUUGUUUAGACAGUCAUUAUCCCUUUAAACUAUAGUUACGUACAACCAUCAACAACAAGAAAACCUUAACCAUAAAUUAUGAAUCAAAUUUUUAAUCAAAAAAUAACUGAUGAAUAAAAUAAGCCGAAUCUUACAUAAAUUAAAAACAUAGCUGAUCAGGUUUACUUUUAUAGAGGAGAUUUACCUUCUAAUCAAGAAAUCUAAACUAACUUAACCUUUAGUAAGUAGUCUAAAUUAGAUUAGCAAUAUUAUCUUCCUAUUUAAUGCGAUAGCUAAAUAAAUUGCAGUGGACAUGGAAAAUGUAAACCAAUAAAUAACAGUAAUUGGUAUUCUAUGUGUAUCUGUAAUUAAGGAUAUAAAGGUGAGUAAUGUAACUGGACAGAUGAUAGUUGGAAAUAAGCAAAGAAAACUGUAAAGCAGUAUAUUAAUAUAAUAAGUGAUAGCAUUCAAAAUCUAGAUUAAUAGGGAGACAACAAAUAAGGUCUUAAUAUUAACUAGAUUAUAACUUUGUUGCAACUUUGGACAGAUCAAAGAGAUCUAAUUAAAAAUAGUUCAUUUUAAAGUUUAAUGAACAUUUUUAAAACUAACACUCUUAUGAAAUUUUAAGUAUCUAGCUACAGUUAAAGAAUCUAGUAUAUUUUAGAUAACUUAAUUGAUAUUGUUAGAGUAGAAGAACUAUCAGAUUUCUAGAGCAAGCAGUAUUUUGAGUAAGUUGUUUAGUAGGUUUAAGCUUUGAAUUUAUAAAUGAUGAAUUAAGUAAAUUCAUCUUCUAAUCCAACCAUAGUAAUUGAUAGGUCUAAUUACAAGGGCAUUGUUAUUCACAAUAAUGCCUUUAAAAAACUGAAUGAAAAUUAUAAUUUAAGUAUUCAAAAUUCCAUCUAAUUUUCUAUUCCUAAAAAUAUGGUUAAAAGUAAUUAAUAUCUCGAAAUUUUAAUGAAGCCUAUGGAUUUGGCUUCCUCUUCUCAGCAAAACUGCACUAACGGAUGUAAAUAUAAAAAAAAUUUAAUUUCCAAUCCAGUUGUUAUAACCGUCAAAGACUUAGCUAGUGGAAAUGAAGUAGAUGUUAAAUCUAUUCUUACUGCAUCACCAGUAAUAUUCAAUAUGACAUAUGCAAUUCCUAGCUUGUAUAUAUCUAACACAACUAACCUUACAUGUGCUUAUUGGGAUGAGAAGGAAUAAGAUUGGUUAACAACUGGAGUUCAGGUUUUAAAAAAAUUUUAUUAAAAUAAUGUACUACAAUCAAUUUAAUGCUCAACAUAACACCUUACUGAGUUUACAUUAAUUAACAACUAAUAAUUAAAUUAAACUGAACCAGAUAUUAAUCCUAAACCACAAAAUCCUUUUAAAUUUGACACUUCAUAUAAAAUGUAUGUUCUAAUUUAUUUGUGCGUUCUGUUCGGAGCAUCGCUUAUUUUUUAUAUAAUAUCAUUAUUCUCUAAUAGCUAUGCAAGUGAUCUUAAUCUCGGGUAACCUGAAUAAAAAAAAUUAGAUAAGAGUUAAAUAGUUUAAGGAAUUAUUCCAGAUUUUAUAUUUAGCUCUGAUGCUCUAGAAGAUGACUUAACUAAUGAAGAUACUAACGCUCGUUCUAAUGCAGAGCUUUCAGAUAAAUAAAAUAAUGCAAUUUAAAAAAGCAAUAAAUUUUUUACAAAUAAACUUUCAUAAAUUGUUCCUCUUAACUCUAAAACUCUAAUAUAAUAAGAAGAAUAUCCAUAAAACAAUAAUGUUGUCCUUGAAGCAUAUUAGACAAACAACAAAGCAAUAGAUUAAUUUCAAACAAUUAACAUCUAAGAUAUUUAGUCUUAAGAUAACAACACUAUCUCUAUUUCAUAAUAACCAUAAAAAUAACAAAAUAACAUUAAAUUAAUAAGUAAAAUAGAAUACUUGAAUGGAAUUCCGUCUUCUCCUGAAAACAAGUAAAAUGAAAAUUAAGGAUAAAUUAUACAAAAUCAAAAUUUUACUAAAGCAACCUAGCCCUAGCAUAAAUAAUACUAAACAAUUUAAUCUUCUAAUUUUCUAAAAGAAUUAAAUUAUCCAAUUGAAUACUAAAGACCACAAAAUUAGCUUAUCAUUAAAAACGAACAUACUUUUAAUCAUUAAUAUGACGAUAAAAAUAUGGAUUAUAUUUAUAAUAACAGAAGAAUCAGGUAAAAUAUUCCUACAAUUAUUGAGGAAAGUGCAACUGCUAGCGAGUCUCUCAACUAAAACUCUUUAAAGGGUAAGGUUAUCACAAAUUAAAACACUCCCUCGCAGUUAAUAUAAUCAAAUGUAUAAAGGCUCUCCCAAUAAAAUUUAGGUUAAAAUUAAAUGAGAAUUUAAGAUUUAGAAACAAAAUCUAAUACUAAUUCAGGUGAGCCUAUUUUAAAGCAUUAAAAUUAGAGCGAAAUUAAUUCUAGUUCUCCAUCAAAUCCUCGUUUUAGUCCUCUGCUCAUUGAUAAUCCGCCUCCAUUUAAUGAAUAAAAUAUUAAACUACAAACUAGCCAAUAAUAUGACAUAAAACCUUACUUAACCAUUUUUUGUUGGAAAUACAAUUUCAAAAGCUGCAGUAGCUCUUAAAGAGUUUUAUACUGUGUAACUUUGUUGGGUCUAUUUAUUUUUAGUUCUUCCUUCUACUUUUAAAAUUUUAACUUAAUCUAAUAAACAACCAAUUAAGCCUAAUACAUAGCUGAAUAAUCAUGCAUUUUAUGGAUUACUUUCGAGAUAAUUAACUGGGCUUUGAUUUCUCUAAUACACAUCAAGCGCCUUUUUAUAAAUUUUAUAUUUUGCAAUAAUAAAUCAAAAAAAAUAAAUUUUAUCCUGAAUUUUGCUAACUUCUUGAUUUCUUUUGGAUUUUUAUUUUUCUCCUCAGCCAUGAUUUUUUAUAAACAUAAAAAUAAAUCGCGUAAAUACUUUUUUGAAUGGAUCGUCACCUUUAGCAUAUGCUGUAUCUUUAAUAUCAUUUUAGAAUAUAUCCUAAUGAAAUUAGUAUGCAGGUUUAAACUUACCUUCAUCUUUUUAAUAAUCAAAACAAAAAGACUUGACUCUUGA